GAUGGACUUUGAACACACACAAAUCCAAUCUGCUAAUUCACUGAGGAAUUCAAACAACGUAUUCAGAGGAGCCUGCAGAGAGAACAGCCUGAUUCACAGCUGCAAAACCUAAAGCUCAGAGAAGGGGGUGUUUCCUUUGUCAUUCCCCCAAAACUUUCUCUGUGCUCAAUUCAGUUAGCGGUUGGUACACUGACGAGAGAACAAUGAGGACAGCAGGAGUCUUUGUGUUUUUGCUGCUUAACGUGGUCACGGAAAUAACUGGUGCUGUGGAUAAUACGAAGGGAUCUAGUUCAGAAAAGUCCAGUCCCAAAAACAAGCUGAAGACAGAAGAGGCUGAACUUCCUCACACCAAGCCUGCAAGUUUUUCACAGUUUUUAGGCAAACUGCUCGUGGUGCCCAUGGAUGGGAGUCAUUGGAUAGGUCUUAAAGCCAUUGCCCAGGAAAUGGGUCGCCGUGGACACAGAGUUACGGUGGUGAUGCCAGAGACCACCGUACGAAUGGGUCCGGGGAAACACUAUGACACUUUGACCUAUCCUGUACCUUAUGACAAGGCUUACAUCGACUCUGUGAUGUCCACACACAAAGACAUCAUGAAAAGAUCUGCGCAGCCUUUCAUGGAGAAGAUCAAGAAACGGUUCACACAGUUCCAGGCCAUUUCUGAUUUUCUGCACAUCACUGCAGAGAAGUUGCUCUUCAAUGCCAGUCUCAUAUCACACUUGUCCCAGCAGGACUUUGAUGCCGUCUUGACAGAUCCCAUGGUUCCCACGGGCUCAUUAAUAGCUCGAAAAUUAGGUCUCCCUACUGUCAAUCUGCUGAGAGGAAUACCGUGUCACUUGGACAUGAAGUCUGCUGGCUGCCCAUCUCCGCCCUCAUACGUUCCUCGCUUUUUCACUGGAUACACGGAUAAAAUGAGCUUCAAGGAGAGACUUAUCAACACUUUGGUGGCAUUGGUGGAGCCGCUGUUUUGCAGACUGCUGUAUUGGCGCUUUGACCACAUAACCCGUGACUUCCUUGGAGAGAACGUGGGCGUGGCUGAAGUGCUUUCAGACUCUGAUAUCUGGCUGCUGAGGAAUGACUUCACGCUGGAUUUCCCACGCCCACUCAUGCCCAAUAUUGUACUGGUUGGUGGAAUCAAUUGCAAUGUGAAACAUCCUCUGCCCCCAGAUCUAGAUUCCUGGGUGUCUGGAGAGCACGGGUUUGUAGUGUUCACUCUGGGCUCCAAGGUGUCAGAUCUGCCAGAGGAAAUCACCUUUGUCUUUCUGGAGGCCUUCAGACAGAUUCCACAGAAGGUCAUAUGGAGAUACACUGGAAAGGUUCCUGACAAUGUCCCGGAAAAUGUGAAGAUGAUGAAAUGGGUCCCGCAGAAUGACCUGCUAGCUCACCCAGGAGCCCGUGCAUUCAUCACUCACGCUGGCUCACAUGGUCUGUUUGAGGGACUGUGUCACGCCGUUCCCAUGCUGAUGGUGCCACUGAACGGGGACCAGCCAGACAACGCUGCGAGGAUGGCCAGCAGAGGUGUAGGAAUUGUGUUGAACAUUUUAGACAUUAAUACAGAAACUCUUCUGAAGGGACUGAAGGAGGUCAUCAAUGACAGCAGGUAUAAAGAGAACGUGAAGAAGCUGUCAGAUCUUCAUAAUGAUCGGCCGUCGGACCCGCUUGAGCUUUCAGUGUAUUGGACAGAAUUUGUGAUGCGGCAUAAAGGGGCGAAGCAUCUCAAAUCGGCUCUCCAUGAACUCUACUGGUUCCAGUACUUCAGCCUGGAUGUAAUAGCGCUGCUAACUACUGUGGUGCUUGUCUUUGUAAUGCUGACAGCAAAAUGUAUGAAGCUGUGCUUCCGUAAACUGAGACGAAAGUGGAAGCAGGAGUAAGGACAGUUUUUUUACUGGAAGUACUGUGAUGUUGUAAUUGUAUUCUCAUCACGGUUUAAAGGAUGUUUUGAUAAAACAUCAGUAUCGAUAAAACCUUAAUGCAAAAUGUUGAUUAAUUCUAAUUGAAUACACUUAAGAAGCCUUGUGUGAUCACAAAGAUAUUUAAUCUAGAGAAAACACAGAAUAUAAUUAGAUUCCAUUACAUAUGCUCUGGGGUUGAGGGGCAAUGAUGAACAUUAGUGGCCACCCUUCUUUGGAGGGAACAUGGUGUACUCUAUAGCCAGAGCUACAGUAAAGGCAGCAAAGCCCCACUUGAAUCCUCUCAGCAGAACUUCUGACAGAGUCACAGCACGAGCGAAGCCGCCUGAAUACCUCCACGCCUCGUUGCUGCAGAGAAAGGGAAAGUGACAGAGAAGAAAGACGGGCAGCAGUGUCAGAUCACACAGAAUAUAAGGAGAUGUCAGAAAUAUAUCAUACGUGGGCAAAAAUACUGACCGUGCCCAUGGGUCCUUCAGACCCCGUGCAGCCAGCCUCUGCUGUGUGAACUCCAGCGGCGUUCCCUGUGUCUUCCACUGUCGCCAAUCUGGCAUGGAGAGCUUGCUGUGGCCGUGGUCACCUCCCAUACUGGAAACAUAAGCAAACAGGCCAUUUUUUAAACCUUCACCUUACUGGCAGACUUUGUUUUGCUUCUUGUGUCAUCUGUGUUUUACUUAAUGAAACACGCUCACUUUCAGUAGGUUCAGCAAAUGGCAGCAGCUCGCUUAAUACAAACAUGUUCAAACAGAGGAACUUUUAUUUUAAAACAACAGGACGAAGUUCAUUGUAGCCAAAUCUGCAACUUAUUUCUGGUAUCUGGGUGUAAUCAUGCAAAUGGCUAAUGUAUUCAAAGGAUGAUUACAUGAAAGCCACAAAUAAGCUUAAGGAAAUGAGUCCUGUCAUUCUCUGUGAAACUGUACAGUAACUCUUUCUGUCUGUGACAGGUGAACACGCCUGUCAGGAAUAAAAAUCCACUUAACCUAA